AGUAUAUUUUCUGCACAGCCUUGAUUAUCUGAAAUUAAGCCGGUUUGCCAAAAAUUAGAUUUCAAAGAAGACCAUCCUAUUUAAAGUAAUAAUUCUUAUGUGAAUUAUUAAAGAUAUCUACGACAUAAUCAGAUAUGACUGUACCACCUGGUAAAACUCCCAUAAGUUAUUUGCAAGAAUAUGCAACAAAACAUGCUAUAACCCCACAGUAUGAUCUAAUUGCUAAUGAAGGUGCUGUUCAUGAACCAACAUUCAUAAUGAGAGUUACAGUAGGGGAGAAUGCUGUGGCCACUGGAAAAGGUUCCAGUAAAAAAAAGGCUAAACAUGCUGCUGCACAGAAUGCUUUGAACAUACUCCUAGGUGUAACACCAAAUGUCCAGGUUGAGGUAAAGGAAGAAGUAGAAGUUGUAGAUGAAGAGGUUGGAAACCCAAUAGGAGAACUUCAGGAGUUUACACAAAAAAAACUUCUUAAACCUCCAAUUUAUGAAUUUAUAACAGAACAAGGUCCUCCUCAUGCAAAAGAAUUUAUUUGCAAUAUCAAACUUGGAAAAUUUACUGACAAAGGAACAGGGCGUUCCAAAAAAACUGCCAAACGCACAGCUGCAGCCAAUAUGUUGGCUCAGUUAAAAGCUAUCUCACAAGACAAAGAAGCAGAAAAAGCACUUGAAGAUUCAGAUGAAGAUGAAGAGAUACCUUUGGGCUUUGAAAAAUCUACUUUUACUGGAUUGAAGCAAUCUAAAGGCAAGGCUAAGACUGUUAAUCCUCAGUCUGCACUGGAAAUUCAGCGCUUCUAUGAUAAAGUCAUGGUAGCUGGGGGAAAGCAAGCCAGAGGACAAGGGCAGUCAUUGACACCGCCUACAAAUUAUUGCCAGAUGCUUCAGGAGAUUGCUGAAGUCCAAAGAUUUGAAGUGCAAUAUUUUGACAUAAAAGAUGACAGUUCUAUGGGUAUGAAUCAGUGUCUGGUCCAGUUGUCUACUUCACCAGUUGCAGUAUGUCAGGGUACAGGGCCAAUUAUGGAUGAGGCCCAUGCUAAUGCUGCUCACAAUGCCCUUCAGUACCUACGCAUCAUGAUUAAGUAACCUUAGUGCCCAGGAAAUGUCAUAGCCUUACACUGACCAAGUAGAUGCAAUAUUGACUAUCCAACAGAGUAUAAGAUACAGAACAAAUGUUUAUUAACUUUAACGGCUGAAAUAUAAUUUUUUAUUAAAAAUCAAACGUUAGGAAAUUAAUUGUUUAAUUUGUUAUAUUUUAAAAAACAUUUUGUUUUAUUUUAAGUUUUUUACUUGAAAUAUAACAAAACUUUUUUGCACUAAUUAAGAUUCUUUAGCAUUGAAGCCAAUUUUUUUUUUAAUUGAUCAACCGUUUCAUCAUUUUAGUAAUGAAUUGGUUUUUUAAGUUUGGUCUUUAGUUAAAAUAUGGAAUGGAAAUAUAAGUGGUCAUUGUGAUGUGUUAAGGUUUAACUAGAAAACUGUCAAAUACUCUGAUGUUCACUAGUUGGUUUUUAGUGUGAGGCUAUGUGAUAUCCUGGGAAUGUGCCAGGCUUUGUGAAAGAAUGAGGAGUGACUAUGUGUUGUUUUGUGUCAAGUUUUUUUUCAAAGAUCUUUCUCAGUGAGCAUUUAUGUUAUUGAUAUUAAUUUGUAUAUGUAUGAGGAGUAAAUCAAAUUUUUGUUUUGCUUUCUUUUAAGAAAUGUGAAAUGUUGUCAUAUUAUAUAUUACCUACUACUUUAUUUGUCCAUAUAUUAUCACCAUCAAUUCACAUUUCACUACUUUUAUAAUGAUUUGACAAUACUGUAAACACUUCCAUUACAGAAGUGUAUUUUUUCCAGUGCUGAGUGUGAUAUGUCUGGAUAAUUCUUUCAUGUUUUGAAUUUCAUUAUGUUCCAGUCUAAGUCCCCAGUAGUUAAUAGUUCCUGUAAGAAACUAAUAGUAAAUGUGUGUCAGAUAAAAAUGUUCAGUAUUUAUUUUGGUAAAACUUAGACAUGAACAUACUGAAAUAACUGCAUAGAGGGGAUAAAACAGCUAUGGCUGUUAUCAUUUUUAAGAAAAAUGUCAUUUUAGUGACACGCAAAUUAAUAUUAUAACUUUUUUUAUACUGUAUGCCUUUUUUAUCACAUUGUACCAUCAUGGGAGAAGAAACCUUACAACUAUUACCUUUUUAUUAGCAGUAAAGUUCCUUUUGCUGUGACAUUUGCAUGCUUUUUUUUUUUGUUUUUUUUUUCAUGUCCAAGUCAAUCUUCACCCAACAUUCAAAAGUAGAUUGUGGAAACAUUACAAUAAUUACAAUGGCUUGUAAGGGAACAUUCUCAAUUUUACAAAAAUUCAUUUACGUUGUUUACUUCAAUGAAUAAGGAAGAAACAAUGCUAGCUGUGAGGUUAGCCUCAGUUGUUGCAAAAUAUGAUGAGUAUGUAUUACUUGUAUUUAUGUGUUGUUUAUUCUGAAAUUACUGUAUUUGCAAAUGGUUAUGUGUUUUUUUUUCUGGUAAUGUAAAUAGUGCAUGUUUCCUUGUAAGCCACUCCUUGACUGCCAAGUUUCUGCAUAACGAAAGAAUAAAAUCUGGUACUUCCACAUGGAAAAGAAAUGUUUUUGUUUAAUAUC